AUGUGUGCAUAUGUGGCUACCAAUAUUCUAACGAAUGCGGUGUUUUGGCCGUACGGUGACGUUUUAAGGCAGGUCCUGGUCAAACCUACCAAUGAGACGAGUCGGCUCUAUUCUGCUGGGACUGAUCGCAAUGAACGGGUGUCCGAGCUAUACAAGGCAAAGGAGCAUCCACAGUAAGACGCGGCUAUUAAGGGGAUGAGGCAUCGAUACGCGGGAGCUGUCUAUCAGCACCAAAUCCCCGACGAAGAGCGAGGCAGCGUGCAGAGCCAAGACCCAAACCCAGUCGCUCCCGUUUUCAGUCUGCCGCCCCCUCCUCCGUCUUUCAGAGAGCGUUCGACUACCACCUCGCACUACCUGAACCACCACCAACUGCCUUGUCUGAGCAAGCCCUCUCGAAGAGGUAUCCAUGCCUGUCAGCCGCAGCACGGCGACCCCCCGCCUCUGACAAGCUACGACAUCGCCCAGCGACCUUCACACCGGGUCUGUGAACCCGCAGGGCAGCCAGCGCACCAACAACAGAACCUUUGGGCCGCAGCCGGUUCCCAGCUGCAGUCGGAGCAGAUUUUUUUUCAGAGCUGCCACUGCAAUUUUUCCGAGGAGGCGAGCCUUUCUCACCAGCGCCAGCCCCUCGCUCACCCGCCGCAGCCCUCCCCAUCUUUGCCGCCGUCGUCCUCUCUGCUGUUUUUGCAGGAGUCUAAUCACGGGGAUAAUUUGCAAAGCAGUGACAAUUAUCAACAGGCGAGCAAAGUGGAACGCUACCGGGGAGGAGGAGGAGGCGGGCACCGCGACCAGAAGCAGUUGUUGCAGCAACAGCAGCAGCAGCACAGCAGACUCCAACACAGGGACCCCUCCCCUGAAACAACCCGAGCAAACUCACAGAAGGGGCGCACUAUAAAUGUAUGUGAGUCAAUCGAGGCUAAUCGGCGAGCAUUCGAGUCCCAGACUCAGGACCUGCAACAGCUACAGCAACUCCCACAAUUGCGAGCUCAACAACAGCUACUGGUGGGGAGCAGCUUCCCUGUCUACUACUGCGCCAACGGUUCAGGAGAGCUCUGUCGGAAUAACCAGGCACCACUGCUGCAACAGCAUCAGCAAGACGCACAGGGGCGUCCGCAGCACUGUGACCAAGACCGCAAUAAGCCAGAGAGGACAAACCAAGCCAACCAGCCACAGCACCCCAACCAGCCACAGCACCCCAACCAGCCACAGCACCAUUGCCGCGACUCUCGUGUAAACUCACCAACGCAGCCGUACGGAGGGAACUCGUCUGCGACUGGCAGGAGCAGCAAGAGCAGCCCUAACUACGGCUCCAGCUAUCACCUGUGGCCCGAGAGCCCGCAUAAGGGAGAAGAGAGGAUACUCAUCGAUCAUCAUCAGGCAACCACUGAGCAAAAGAAGCUGAGCCAUGCUGGAUCCUCCCUCUCCGAGAGCAGCGGCCGACUCCCUCAGAUAGCCAUGAACACCUGCAAGCACAAUGGCGGUGUAGUGAGACCACUGGGCAGCCUGGCGUCGUCGCGGCACAACCUAGCAGAGCUCGACUCCGAAACACAGCCCCUCCAGACGCUGCACAGUUCUGGCCUGGAGGUGGUUGUUUCCAAGGGAAACAGUGAGGACCCCGGCAAGGCGUCCAACGAGAGCCUGGUCAGGGACGGGAACGGUGCUCCUGUGAAGAAGAACAAAGACAUCGGCUAUAGACUCGGCCACCGGAGGGCGCUCUUUGAGAAGCGAAAGAGACUCAGUGACUACGCACUCAUCUUCGGGAUGUUUGGGAUUGUCGUCAUGGUGACGGAGACGGAACUGUCCUGGGGAGUUUACGGCAAGGAAUCUUCGUACUCAUUUGCACUGAAAUGCCUUAUCAGCCUUUCCACUGUUAUAUUGCUUGGUCUUAUAAUAAUGUACCAUGCCCGGGAAAUCCAGCUGUUCAUGGUGGACAAUGGGGCGGACGACUGGAGGAUAGCCAUGACGUACGAGCGCAUCUUCUUCAUCGUGCUGGAGCUGCUGGUGUGCGCCAUCCAUCCCAUCCCGGGCCAUUACCGCUUCACGUGGAAGGCGCGGAUCGCCUUCACCUACACGCCGUCGACAGCCAACGCCGACGUGGACAUCAUCCUCUCCAUUCCCAUGUUCCUGCGCCUCUACCUGAUCGGCCGCGUCAUGCUGCUGCACAGCAAGCUCUUCACGGACGCCUCGUCGCGCAGCAUCGGCGCCCUCAACAAGAUCAACUUCAAUACGCGCUUCGUCAUGAAGACCCUCAUGACCAUCUGCCCCGGCACCGUGCUGCUUGUCUUCAGCAUCUCCUCCUGGAUCAUUGCCGCCUGGACGGUGCGCGUCUGCGAGAGGUAUCAUGACACACAGGAAGUGACCAGUAACUUCCUGGGAGCCAUGUGGCUCAUCUCUAUUACCUUCCUCUCCAUUGGCUACGGAGACAUGGUACCUAACACGUACUGUGGGAAAGGCGUAUGUCUGCUUACAGGGAUCAUGGGAGCGGGCUGCACUGCGCUGGUGGUCGCCGUGGUAGCCAGGAAGUUGGAGUUGACCAAGGCUGAGAAGCAUGUCCACAACUUCAUGAUGGACACACAACUCUGCAAACGAGUAAAGAACACAGCUGCCAAUGUACUCAGGGAAACAUGGCUCAUCUACAAACACACUAAGCUGGUCAAGAAGAUAGAUCACGCUAAGGUGCGCAAACACCAGCGGAAGUUUCUACAGGCCAUCCAUCAAGCUCAGAAACUACGCAGUGUAAAGAUGGAGCAGAGGAAACUCAACGAUCAGGCCAACACGCUAGUGGACCUGGCGAAGACCCAGAACGUGAUGUACGACCUGGUGUCAGAGCUGCAGGAGCGCAGCGAGGAGCUAGACAAGCGCAUCGGCAUGCUGGAGGACAAGCUGGACUCGGUGACGGGCAGCCUACAGGCGCUGCCCUGCCUCAUCUCCCAAGCCAUAACCCAGCAGCAGCAGGAAUUUCUGGACGGUUUCCUGCACCGCUUCCGGCCUGCCUCGCUGGGCUCAGAGCGCUCCGAACGCUCAGAGCGCUCCUGGACCUCCACCGCCCGCCGACGCCGCUCGCCCUCCACGGCGCCACACACCUCCUCUGACAGCGGCUAGCCCUUGAACCUGCCCUAAACCGCACCACCCCCGACUACAACUUCUCCUUUGGAGCCCCAUAGCGUUCCCCUAACCCCCCUAAACCCCCUCUGCCUUCACAUCCAAAAACAAACACCGCUGUGACUGAACUCCCAGGGCAGGACUGAACUGGAAACUGCUCCAAUGCGAAUGAGUGAAAACUUCGACACAUCCUCUAAACAACAACCUAAAUGACUUAAACCGAGACAAGUAGAGAUAUGGUUUAUUUUUUAGCCAUUGUAUGGCUGUUCAAGUUAGCUUUUUUUGUAAAAGCCCUUGUAUAGUUAAACUGACUGAGUUCAGGUUUGCUGGGGUGAGAGCUGGCUAUCACACCUGGGUGGGGUGGGGGGCUGCCUGGAGGACAGAGGACACCUGCGUCUGCACGGAGGGAAACUUAAAAACGGUGGACAUUUGCCUUCGUUGUCCCCGUAAGUCAAGGUGGCGGUUUAAGAGGGCCUCUGAAAGCUCUGACGUCAGUUCAGUAUUGAAACGCACUUAAAGGGAGGGGGGAGGGGAGGGGGGUCAUACAAAAGGAGAGCAAGGGGAAUGCACAUGACAUUACUACUGAGUAGGAAAAUUUACACGAAUGCCAAUUUCAAAGUUUCAGUUUCCUUGUUCUUACCAAGGGAAAGUUGAGUGUGACUAUCUUUUUUAGUUACAUAUUGACAUGAUUUUUCAGUGCCUGAAUGUACAAAUAGUAGAGGGUUAUUUAAUUACUAAUUUCAGAGCAAGUUUUUUUAAUGAAGUUAACACUCUGAAUACAAGCAUUGCAUUCCUUUUUCAGAUACAUUCCUCUUCAAAAACGCAAAGAAAUUGUCUUAAUGUAAUGCAUAACAUUGCCUCCAUUACACAAUAUCUCUAAAUGUUUUGAAAACCUUUUUUUCCUCUUUUUCUACUUCUACUAAACCACUAAAAUCUGAGUAGGUCAGAGAGAAAGACGAGUGAGAAUGUGUCAGAGAGAGAGAGAGUUCACUUCAAGCUCGAUGCUGUGCACUCAUGCUCACACAAAACUAUGAAAUGUAGUCUACCUUUUCCAUCACUACAAAUCAGAGCUUCCACAGGUCUUCAGAUAAUGGCAUGGCUUGAAGUCUGCUGGUAAAUAGCGACAGGCACACUACACUGACCGAACUGAGAAACCAACCCCACCCCUUGCAUGGUUCUGUGCAAAAAUGACGAUGGAGCAAAACCUUUUGGAUGGCUUGAAAAUUUACAUUUAGAUUUUAUGCUACUUUAGUUUUUUUUUUUUUUUUUUACUGAGAUUUCUUUUUUAUUAGGAAACUAGAAUUUCUAUAGUUGUAAAUCUAGAGAGUUUCAGUAAUGUGUUACUGUAUAACAAAUGCAUUCCCUGUUUUAAAAUGAUAUAUAUAUAUAUAUACAGUACCAGUCAAAAGUUUGGACACACCUACUCAUUCCAGGGUUUUUCUUGAUUUUUACUAUUUUCUACAUUGUAGAAACACUAUGAAAUAACGCAUAUGGAAUCAUGUAGUAACCAAAAAAGUGUUAAAUAAAUAAAAUAUAUUUUAUAUUUCAGAUUCUUCAAAGUAGCCACCCUUUGCCUUGAUGACAGCUUUGCACACUCUUGGCAUUCUCUCAACCAGCUUCAUAAGGUAGUCACCUGGAAUGCAUUUCAAUUAACUGAUGUGCCUUGUUAAAAGUUAAUUUGUGGAAUUUAUUUUGUUCUUAGUGCUUUUUGAAUCAAUCAGUUGUGUUGUGACAAGGUAGAGGUGGUAUACAGAAGAUAGCCCUAUUUGGGAAAAGACCAAGUCCAUAUUUUGGCAAGAACAGCUCAAAUAAACAAAGAGAAACGACAGUCCAUCAUUAGUUUAGGGUCAGUCAAUCCGGAAAAGUUCAAGAACUUUGAAAGUGCAUUCGCAAAAAUCAUCAAGCGCUAUGAUGAAACUGGCUCUCAUGAGGACGGCCACAGGAAAGGAAGACCCAGGGUUACCUCUGCUGCAGAGGAUAAGUUCAAGUUACCUGCACCUUAGAUUGCAGUCCAAAUAAAUGCUUCACAGAGUUCAAGUAAGAGACACAUUUCAAUAUCAACUGUUCAGAGGAGACUGUGUGAAUCAUUUAUAUCAUUUAUGGUCAAUUAUUGUAAUUUUUUUACCAUUAUUUAACUAGGCAAGUCAGUUAAGAACAAAUUCUUAUUUACAAUGACGGCCUACCCCGGCCAAACCCAGACGACACUGGGCCAAUUGUGUGCCACCCUAUGGGACUCCCAAUCACGGCUGGAUAUGAUGCAGCCUGGUUUCGAACGAGGGACUGCAGUGAUGCCUCUUGCACUGAUGCACUGAUGCAGUGCCUUAUACCACUGCGGUACUCGGGAGCCCCAAUAUUACUGCAAGGAAAUCACUACAAAAGGACACCAAUAAUAAGAAGAGACUUGCUUGGGCCAAGGAACACGAGCAAUAGACAUUAUAUCAGUGAAAAUCCAAAUUUGAGAUUUUUGGUUCCAACCGCCAUGUCUUUGUGAGACGCAGAGUAGGUGAAUGGAUGAUCUCUGCAUGUGUGAUGGUGUGGGAGUGCUUUGCUGGUGACACUGUCUGUGAUGUAUCUAGAAUUCAAGGCACACUUUACCAGCAUGGCUACCACAGCAUUCAGCAGCGAUACGCCGUCCCAUCUGGUUUGCGCUUAGUGGGACUAUCAUUUGUUUUUCAACAGGACAAUGAUCCAAAACACACCUCCAGGGUAUGUAAGGGCUAUUUCACGAGGAAGGAGAGUGAUGGAGUGCUGCAUCGGAUUACCUGGCCUUCACCCAACCACAACCCAAUUGAGAUGGUUUGGGAUGAGUUGAACUGCAGAGUGAAGGAAAAGCAGCCAACAAGUGCUUAGCAUAUGUGGGAACUCUUUCAAGACUGUUGGAAAAGCAUUCCUCAUGAAGCUGGUUGAGAGAAUGCCAAGACUGUGCAAAGCUGUCAUCAAGGCAAAGGGUGGAUACUUCGAACAAUCUAAAAUACGUUUAGAUUUUUCGGUUGCUACAUGAUUCCAUAUGUGUUAUUUCAUAGUUUUGAUGUCUUCUAAUAUUCUACAAUGUAGAAAAUAGUCAAAAUCAAUAAAAACCCUUGAAUGAGUAGGUGUGUCCAAACUUUCGACUGGUACUGUAUAUAUAAACAAGUACUAAAUAAAUACUUGGAUGGUUAUAGACAGUAAAUUGGUUCACAGUACCAAGGUGUCCAAGAUACUCAUUACCUUGACCUCCUUCAAAAAGGUCAUGGAUCUCCCAUUAAAAAAAAAGAUUUUUACGUUAUCACUGUAUUACGAUAUGGCUUUAGUAAGGAGAACAAACCAGGUCAGCAAGUCUGUUAGACGUUGUAGUCUGACUUCCUCCGACCAGUCGACCAAGUUUGUACCUGUAAGCGUCCGCCAGCGGUCAGGCUGUCCAGAGAGAGAGAGAGCUCUUGGUUUAAUAACAUGUUCAGGUUGAUGUGAAUUGGACUUAAUCAAGCGUGAAUCUUUUUCUUUCUUAAAAAAAAAAACUUGAUUUAAUCAAGCAUGACUCUUCUCUGCCCCCCCCCCCCAACACUCUAACCAUCCUCUCCAACUGAGGGAUAUCACUCCAUUACGUACAGUCUCUCUUUAAAUCAGUGUUGCACCUUCAAGAUGAUUGGAGGGCUACUCCAUUGUGCUCUCACCUGUUCCAAGCAUACCGGGGUUACCCUCCUUGUAUGUUUGAGAUUUAACUCCUUCAUCUGUCAUCACCAAAAAUAAAAGCUCCACAAUGAAUUAUAUUUUUCAUUAUGUUUUUGCUUCAACAACCGUUUUGAUGGUGUGAAAAUUUGGUCAAUAGAUGGGGGUACCCCCAUGUCCCUCUCCACAUUGCAUUUAGUAUGUGAUACUUAGUUUAGCACCAGUAAACAGACAUCAGAGGUGCUUGAAUGUCCUCUCCAGAGAGUAGAGGUACUUCAGCUUGCAGAGAGGAAGCAAAUAGAGAGAGAGAGAGAGAGAAAGAUUAGAGCUAUACCUAAUUUACUGACAGAUUUCUGUUUUGCCCCAUGGGGUUUGGAAGCAGUGAGAGUGGGUGUCCCGUGAAUAUGACCUCAUUGUGGAAGUCACAGAGCAAAUGGGACUAAUGUAAUAACGCAGGGGCAGAUGCAGCGGGGCGCAAUGUUCAGAACAUUACAGAAAUCUAAAGAAUAAAGUAAUGUAUAGACAGGGUAUUGCUCUCUGUAUUUCACAUUAUACUAGAGAACUCAGUUCUAGACGGUAUAUUUCCUUAUGACAUGCCCCAGGGUUUUUCUACACGCUAACUGACGAAACAUCAUUACAAUAGCUGUUACAGCAAAAUAGAGUCCUCGUUUUCCGAAAAUGGAGUCCUCACUAAAAAUACAACAAAUUUGCAAAGAGAGAGAGGGAAAUUGAUAUUAAUAUGCUGAUAAUAUCUGGUUCGGGCUAAUAAUCUGAAUAUAAUAAAGAAGUGGUAGGUCUCUCAAAGAUAACAUGCUACUUCUCAAAGCUGGCAUCUGACUAUGUUUAAACUGGGUUAAACAGGAUGAAAACUCAAAAAGUAAAGUAUACCAUUAUUAUGUGUACACUGCCACAUAAUGCAUUUUGUAGUAGUGGAAUGAACCAGCUUUAAUGGAUGGCAAACGGGGAUAGUAUGUGCUCUGUAUACAGUAUGUUGUUCUUUCAUUUGCAGGUGACAGUUGUACCCCAAUGAGGAGAACGUCUGGUCAUUAAAGACUAUCUUCAGCUAUGA